AUGCGAGAACCCAGAACCUAUUUCGGAUGGUGCAAGGAUUGUGAAACUAAUUCCAUGAAGGAAAACUUUUUUUAUUGGACAUCUGAAAAUAAAGAGAUUGAUGAAUUAAUCCGUCAUACACAACUUAAUGCCUUUCAAACUUGCGAUUAUUUGGAGUGGAUCCCGUUCGAGAAAUUUGAAAUGGUCAAAUACAUUGGUAAUGGUGGAUUUUGUAGUAUCUAUUCAGCACUUUGGAUGGAAGGACCAAGAUGGAAUUGGGAUGAUGGUGCGCAAGAGUGGGCUCAAGCUGGUCCUAUGACUGUUGCUUUGAAACGUCUUGAUAAUUCACAGAAAAUUUCGAGUUCUUACAUUAAUCAGAUUAAAACGUAUCACAAAUGCUUACAAUCGGCUUUAUUGGCUGAAACAUUUGGAAUUACAAAGGAUCCAACAUCUAAUUAUAUGAUCGUUAUGAAGUACCAAUACCUUGAUCGUCAUAAUGGGAUUCUUUCUUGGAAGGAUAUAAUAGAUAUAUUACAGGGAAUCGCUAGAGGUCUUGAAAGAAUCCAUAUUGAAGGAAAAAUUCAUAGAAAUCUUCACGGAGGAAAUUUAUUCAUUGAAGAUGAUGAAAUCUUAACAGACGCUCGUAUUAGCGAUGUGGGUCUUUAUGGACCAUGUUAUUAUCAUGAAAAUAAGAAUUCAGGCCAGAUAAGCUGCAGUUGGACGGUUUCCUGA